CGUCCAGCCGACGAUUACGGAUGUCUGAGUGGGACCCCCAGUUUUUCACUUUCGACACCCAUUCAAGUUUUCAACUUCUGUCAAAAACCUCCUCUCUCUCACUUUCUCUCACUCAAAAGCUUUGCUUUCUCUCUCUCUAGAUCUUUCCAUGGCGACUGCAGCUGCUCCGUCUUCCUCCCGCGAGGGCCACUACAGGGGGGUGAGGAAGCGUCCAUGGGGCCGGUACGCCGCAGAAAUCCGGGACCCAUGGAAGAAGACGAGGGUCUGGCUCGGCACAUUCGACACGCCGGAGGAAGCCGCCCUCGCCUACGACGGCGCCGCCAGGACGCUCCGCGGCGCCAAGGCCAAGACCAACUUCCCUGCGCCGAUCCCCAGCGGCAUAUCCCUCGACCUCAACGCUCCCUCCGCCGCCCACUGGGCCACUCACUCCGGCCGCCUCGUCGAAUUCCUCCACACCGGCGUCCUCAACGACAUGGGCAGCGGCACUUCCACGAAUGAUACGCUGCCGUUGAUGGCGAGGAGGGAACCUCAGCAAACUCCAGUUGGUGUGGCGGGAAAUGUCGGCGGCGGCGGUAAUGCCACGGUCGCGGAAGGUUCGGGUUUCGGCAGUACGGCGUCUUUUCUGGGACUGGUCCGGCGUGGCUUGCCGAUUGAUCUCAAUGAGCCUCCUCCCUUGUGGCUGUGAAGAGUAGCAUUAAUCGUCCCGCCGUCGUUCUGUGUUUUUCCCUCUCAUCGCUGGUUCUAAUUAUCUCUCGCCAUAAUUUUUCUUUUUAUUUUAGUAUUUUCACUAAUUAUCUAAAGAAAAUCUUCACUGUUACGUUUCGGAUGUAUGAGGAUAUUAAUAUUUGAGAGAGGAAAAAAAUAAUGUUGUUAAAAUUAAAUUAUUAGAGAGAGGCUUUUUCUUUGUA